AUGGGGGUCCUCCUCCUCCGCUGGCUCCCCCUGAUCCUGGGGGCGGCUGCCCACCUGCUGCUGCUCCUGGACUGCGCAGGUAAAGACUCUGCUCUGGGGCGAGGGGAGAAAAUAAUCCCUUCCCAACCAUCUGUUUCCCAGACUUGGGGCUUGUUUUGUAUGCCGUCCGGGGCAGGGGCCGCUUCACUCCUUGGCUCGGGGCUCAAGCAAAGAACAAAACAAAGCUGGAAGGUGUUGGCAGGAUUAAUGGCGGGGAAAGUGAGUCGCCUGUCUCGCCCCCCCCCCCCGCAGUUUCGUGUUGACUCUGGUUUGUGUUUUGUGUGUCUGAGAGAGAGAUACAGAUACAGAGUCUUUCCUCUUCUAUUUUUCACUUUUCCUCUUCUAACCCUCAGCCGCUCUGAAAACUCAGCCAAAAACUCUGGAGACCAGCCUGGGGGUGGGAGCUGGACGCGUGUAGAGCCUUCAUUGCGGGGGUAACGUCUGAAUAAGGGGUCCCCACCCGCAAUUCCCAGUGUUGUUUUGUUCAGGAGUUCCCUUUCACUAUCAUCAUUCACCAUCAGGUUCUUCUGCUUUACAAUUGUAACUCCCCCUAAAAGAAAACACUUUCCUGCUGCCUGUCGAAAAUGUGGGUUUCGUAAAUUAUGCAGGGGGCUUCUCUGUGCCGUUUCUGUACAGCCCCUUGUGCACGAGGGGCAUAAACAACUCCUGAAAAAGAAGUGGGGGCCCCCACCCUACAGCCUAUUCCCCUUGAAUAGUCUCCCUCCCCCCAAAAAAACAUUUCAAAAAUGUUGGAGCCUCUUCCUGGCUUCUGGGGCUCCUAGACAUGAAUUGCCCUUCCUCGGAAUAUUCCUGCUCCCUCAGCCCACCAGUCCACUGGCUCUGCAUACUAUUCAAGGAUUUAUCCCUAUUAAAUUCUUUUUUUUUUUUUUUAAAUAAUUUUUAUUAAGGUUUUAAACAAAGAAAAAAGAAAAACAACACACAAAGAACAAUAACAAUAAAAACACAAAACAUAACAAUUAAAAACAAACUCUCUUUCCAUUUCCAAUUUUAAAUUACUUAUUUUCUGGACUUCCUCAUACCUCCUCUUUUGUAUUCCAAUCCACAUUAUUUAUCCAGCAGUUUCUUUUCCACUUUUUUAAUCCCAAUCUUUAAUUUAAUAAAAUAUUAAAAUAUAUAACUUCAACUUUUUUAAACCUAAUCCUUACUCUUAAUGUCAUAUAGCUUUCAAUUUUUCCCUUUUAUUAUCAAAUUUCCAUUUCUUUAAACAUCUUUAAUCUUAAUCUUUAAUCUUAAUCUAUCCUUAUCUUUAACCUGUACAGCUGGAAACCACUUAUUUUCAAUCCAACAUCACUCUAACAUUCCUUAAUUUUGCAGUGUUUCUGAAGAUAGUCUUUGAAUUUCUUCCAGUCUUCCUCCAUCGACUCUUCUCCCUGGUCACGGAUUCUGCCAGUCAUUUCCGCCAAUUCCAUAUAGUCCGUAAGUUUCAUCUGCCAUUCCUCCAGCGUGGGAAGUUCUUGUGUCUUCCAAUACUUUGCGAUGAGUAUUCUUGCUGCUGUUGUUGCAUACAUAAAGAAAGUUCUAUCCUUUUUUAACACCAUUUGGCCCACUAUGCCCAGGAGAAAGGCCUCUGGUUUCUUGGGGAAGGUAUACUUAAAUACCUUUUUUAAUUCAAGCGUAUCCCUAUUAAAUUCUUAAUUCCACAUUCCUGAUUGCUGCCUUUGGUGUUUUUCUCCUUUUGGGGUUGCCACUCAUGUUCUCUGUUUAACUAAAAAAAUGUAUAUCCUGCUCGAUUGUGGUAAAAACUCUUAUUGAUUUACAGGAAAUAGUAAAAUAAUAAAAACAGUUUAAAGCAUUAAAAAAUAACUAAAAUUAGCAUUGAGAGGUCAAAACUCGUCAACAUUUGCCUAUCUGGAUAGGGUUGCCCAAAGAAAAAUGUUUUAAGCGGACACUUUUGUGAGACAAGCGUAUUCUUUGUUUUUUUUUGUGUGUUUUUUUUUAAUAAAUGAUAUUUAUUCCAAAUUUAAAGUUACAAAAAAGAAAAAGAAAAACCAUACAAAAUACAAAGAAAACUUUAACCGUAACAAAGCGUAGAAUGAACAAAUAAAAAAGAACAAUAAAAUAGAAUAAAAAAGAAGACUUAACAAAAGAUAUAAAAAUACAUUAAGUUAAAAUAAAACAAAAACAGAUUAAACCUUUACUUAGCCUUUUUCCCUUUACUUAUUUCCAUGACCUCCUCUCACCUCCCAAUUUUGUAUUCUAGUUCAGAUCGUAUUUCCAGCAAUUCCUUCUAACCUUAUUUUCAUUUACGUAUUUUAAAAUUAAAAUAAUGUAAUUAAACCUCCUCCAUUUCAUCAAUUUCAACAACUCAUUUUUGCUUAGUCCAUUAUAUCAUAUCUACCAGAACGACCUAAUAUUCUUUUUCCAACCUCUUUCUAACAUUCUUUUAUAUUGCAGUAUUUUUGAAGGUAUAUUUUGAAUUUUUUCCAAUCUUCUUCCAUCGACCCUUCUCCCUGGUCUCGAAUUCUGCCGGUCAUCUCAGCCAGUUCCAUGUAGUCCAUCACUUUCAUCUGCCAUUCUUCUCGGGUAGGCAAUUCUUGUGUCUUCCAGUACUUCCCAAUGAGUAUUCUUGCUGCUGCUGUAGCAUACAUAAAGAAAGUUCUAUCCUCCCUUCGCACCAAUUGGCCGACCAUGCCCAGAAGAAAGGCCUCUGGUUUCUUCAGAAAGGUAUAUUUAAAUACCUUUUUCAAUUCAUUAUAUAUCAUUUCCCAGAAAGCCUUGAUCCUUGGGCAUGUCCACCAAAGGUGAAAAAAUGUACCCUCAGUCUCUUUACAUUUCCAACAUUUACUAUCUGGCAAAUGAUAGAUUUUUGCUAGCUUGACUGGGGUUAAGUACCACCUGUAAAUCAUUUUCAUUAUAUUUUCUCUUAAGGCAUUGCAAGCCGUAAAUUUCAAACCUGUGGUCCGUAACUGUUCCCAGUCAGCAAACAUAAUGUUAUGUCCAAAAUCUUGUGCCCAUUUAAUCAUAACAGAUUUAACCGUUUCAUCCUGUGUAUUCCAUUUCAACAGCAAGUUAUACAUUCUUGACAAAUUCUUAGUUUUAGGAUCUAACAAUUCUGUUUCCAAUUUUGAUUUUUCCUCCUGGAAACCAAUCUUUUAUCUAAAUUAAAAGCCUCCCUUAUUUGAUAGUAAUGAAGCCAGUCUCGAACUUUAGUUUUUAGUUUGUCAAAACUCUGCAGCUUUAGUUUAUCUCCAUCUUGUUCUAGAAUUUCACAAUAUUUUGGCCAGUUUGUCUCCAUAUUAGUUUUUUUCAGAGCCUUAGCCUCCAUUGGUGACAACCACCUUGGUGUUUUACUUUCCAACAAAUCCUUGUAUCUCACCCAGACAUUAAACAAUGCUUUCCUGACAAUAUGGUUCUUAAAGGCCUUAUGUGCUUUAAACUUAUCAUACCAUAAAUAUGCAUGCCAUCCAAAAACAUUAUCAAAACCUUCUAAAUCCAAAAUGUCCGUGUUUUCAAGAAGCAGCCAAUCUUUCAGCCAGCAAAAUGCGGCUGAUUCAUAAUAAAGUUUAAGGUCUGGCAGGGCAAAUCCACCUCUUUCUUUAGCAUCAGUUAAAAUCUUAAAUUUUAUUCUUGGCUUCUUGCCCUGCCAGACAAAUCUCGAAAUAUCUCUCUGCCAUUUCUUGAAACAGUCCAUCUUGUCCAAGAUUUGCAAUGUUUGAAACAAAAACAACAUCCUAGGCAGUACAUUCAUCUUUAUCGCAGCAAUUCGGCCCAACAAUGAUAACUUCAAUUUUGACCAUAUUUCCAAAUCCUUCUUCACUUCUGUCCAACAUUUUUCAUAAUUAUCUUUAAAUAAAUUCACAUUUUUAGCAGUCAUGUGAACCCCUAGAUAUUUCACUUUCUUAACCAAUGUUAAUCCUAUCUCCUUCUGAAACCUCUCUUUCUCAAUCUCUGUAAGAUUUUUCUCUAACACCUUAGUUUUCACCUUAUUCAAUUUAAAACCUGCUACUUGACCAAAUUCUUGGAUUAAUUGCAAUACUCUUUUUGUGCUGGAUUCUGGCUCCUGUAGUGUCAAAACCAAAUCAUCAGCAAAAGCUUUCAAUUUAUACUGUUUAGCUCCGAGUUGUAUACCUUUAACCAAUUGGUCUUUCCUGAUCAUAUUAAGCAGGACCUCCAGGACCGAUAUAAAAAGCAAUGGGGAGAUUGGGCAACCCUGUCUUGUUUCUUUCUCAAUCUUAAACUCCUCUGUAACUACGUUAUUUACGAUCAACUUAGCUUUUUGUUCCGAAUAUAUUGCACCUAUACCGUUUUCAAAACUUUGGCCUACCCCCAUUCCCUGUAAAUUUUUCUUCAUAAAACUCCAAGAAAUAUUAUCAAAGGCUUUCUCCGCAUCCACAAAUAUUAGAACCGCUUUAGUAUUAAUAUUAACUUGUAAUUUUUCUAAAAUGUUAAUUAUGUUCCUCGUAUUAUCUGACAAAUGCCUCCCCGGGAGAAAGCCUGCUUGGUCUUUAUGGAUUUCUUUCACCAAUACGUUUUUUAAUCUUUUAGCCAUAAUUUCCGCAAAAAUUUUGUAAUCCACAUUAAGUAGGGAUAUGGGACGGUAGUUCUUAAGCUGUGUCUUUUCCACUUCUGAUUUCGGUAUGAGUGUAAUAUAAGCUUCUUUCCACGACUCGGGUGCCUUUCCUCCCCGUAGUAUUUCAUUGCAAACUUCUUUCAGAGGGUGCAUUAACCAUUCUUUCAAAGAUUUAUAAUAUUUUGCAGUCAAACCAUCUGGCCCUGGAGAUUUGCCCAAUUUCAUAUCCUGAAUGGCUCCUUCCACCUCUUGGUCAGUUAUUAUAGAAUUUAACAUCGAUUUACUUUCUUGAGAGAUUUUUUGUAGUCCAUUUGUUCUCAAAACCGAUCAAUGUCCAUUUCUUUCUGAGUCUCCUGCGUGUAUAACUGUUUAAAAUACUUCUGAAAACACUUUCUAAUCUCCACAGGGUUCUGUAUACUCUUUCCUUCUACCACUAAGUUCGUAAUAGUGUUAAGCUUUUGUCUUUUUUUCAUUUGCCAUGCCAACAAUUUCCCACACUUAUUCGCUGAUUCAAAUGUCCUUUGUCUCAUCUGUUUGAUCUUCCAUUCUAUUUCCUGAUUUGUCAGUUUCAUGUAUUGUACUUGAUAUAACUUUAUCUCUUUUAAAAUCUCCUGUGAAUUCGGUUUUAUCCUCAGUCUCUUUUCUCCGUCCUUUAUUUUCUCCAAAAUUUUUUCCCUCUUCUCAUUUUGGAGUCUUUUCCUAAUUGCAUUUUGUUGUAUUAAGAACCCUCUCAUAACUGCUUUACUUGCAUCCCAAAUCACUCUUUUCUCAGUCGUAGUGUUCAUGCUUAUCUCGAAGUAGUCUCUCAAGUUUUUCGGGGCCUUUUUGAUAAUUUCCUCAUUCCUAAGCAAGGAGUCAUUCAUCCUCCAUCUAAAAGCUCCAAUUGGCGUUAAUGUCAUUUCCAUCUUUACUGGGUUGUGAUCAGAGCAAAUUUUAGGACAAAUUACCGCUUUUUUAAUCUUCGGGGCCAGUCCCCUAGUUAUCCAAAUUUGGUCUAUUCUUGUCCAUGUCAUUUUUGCUUCAGAGAAGAAGGUUCCUUCUCUUUCCAAGGGGUUCUUUGUUCUCCAAAUAUCUACAAGGUCCAUAUUAUCAGUCAUUUCAAAUAAUGUCUUUGGUAGUCUGCCGUCUUUCGUCGCCGAUUGUCUUUGGGCUUUAUCCAUGUUUGUAGACACUACUCCAUUCAUAUCUCCCAUCAAAAUUAUAUUGUAGUCCAGAUAGUCCAAUAGGAUUUCAUGCAGUUUUUUGAAAAAUUCUGAUUUUCCCUCAUUUGGCGCAUAAAUACCUAAUGUCAAAAACUUCUGACCGUGAAGCUGAAUUUCAAUUGCAAUAUAUCUUCCUUGGUCAUCUUUGAAUAAAAAUUUUGGUGACAGGCUUUCCUUUGCAUAGAGUACUACUCCUCUUUUUUUCACAUUGUCCGAUGAAAUAAAUUCUUCUCCUAGUCUUUUGUUGAUCAAAAUUUUCCGAUGUAGCCUUGUCACAUGCGUUUCUUGUAAACAAAUCAAGUCCAAAUGUUCUUUUUUUAAUAUAUGAAAUACUCUCCCCCUUUUUUCCCGGGAGUUCAAACCAUUAAUGUUCCAACUUAAUACUUGCAGUGUCAUUUUGUGCUUACUCUCCUUCUCCCCCAACAGCCCCCAAGAGUUUAUCUAUGUCUGUCGAUGGCGUUGGUUUCGCUUUUUUUUGUAGACUCUUAUCCGGUACGGCAGGCUCUUUUCCCAGUCCUUUCUGUAGAUCUUCUUCGUAUGUGCUCAGGAACUUAUUUUUUUCCUCCACUGAUCUUAUCUUUCUCUUUCUUCCUUUGAAACUAAAAGAUAGGCCUUGAGGGAAUUCCCACCUGAAAAGGAACUUGCUUUUUCUCAACAGGGCCACCAAGUCUCCAAAGUCUUGUCUUAAAUCCAAAAGAUGUUUCGGUAUGUCUUGAAAAAUUUCCACUUUUGAUUGCAGAAUUGUCAAAGGUUUCUCGUAGUGCAAACCUAAAAUUUUAUCCCUCUCUUCUUUAGAUCGGAGGGUAAUCAAACAAUCCCUUAUUUUGAUAUUUUUUCCUCCUUUUCCCAAUCUGAAGGCCCUCACAAUCUUAAAAUCUUCUUGUUUCAAAUCCGAUUUCCAAAAUUCCGCAAAUUCUUGUGUCAGAAAGUAUAUCAAGGUGCCCGUCUCCAGCUCAGGAACAGCUCUAAUUCUUAGAUUGGUUUGUUUCUCUCUGAGUUCAAUCAUAGACAGCGUCAACUUAUGAUCUGCAAUCUCUUUCUGUAGGCCAGGUACCUUUUCAGUUUCCAGCUGCCCUACUUUGAAUUCCACAGCAGCAGUUUUUUCCUGUAUAAACUUCGACUCCUGCAAUAGUCUCUGAAUGGAUUCUGUGUUGCUGUUUACCUUUUUCCCCAAGUUGUCUAAUGUUUCUGUAUUUAAAUCAAUUUUUUUAUUUGCAGUAUCAACUUUCUUAUUCGUUUCUUCAACCUUUUUAUUCGUCUCAUCAACCUUUGUACUAAGUUGUAAUAAAGUUUCAUUAAUCCUGGCCAGAGCACUGGCUAGAACUUCUUCUGCCAUUCCACUGGACUUAACUUGUGUUGCUGUCGUAGGCAAGCCAGCAGAUGAUUGCCUUCGAUGCCCCCAAGGUUUCCCAGACCUCAAAACUGAUGCGUCUAAUUUCUCUCUGCCAUCUGCCAUAACAAUGUGAGAGUCAAGGCCGUUCUCAGAUAUGCUGUUCCUGUUUACCAGUGGAAAAUUCCCUUGUUGCAAUUUCAGAAAGUCCCCCUAGGUGGACACUGUUACAACAGUCCAAAGCAGUCACUUUCCCUUUUGAAGUAACAAGAAAGAAAAAACAAAAACAAAGUGUAGACGAAGAGGAAGAAACAGUUCCAAAAUGUAGCCUUCCAAUUAUUUUACCAGCGAAGCUGGCCACAAUAUAUCCACCUUUCUGUCGGCAGUUCUCUUUGACAGCUUUUAACAGCUGAGACGUCUCACUGGCAGAUUGCUCUUUAAACAACUUUACGCAGUCCAGAAAAAACAAGCCCCUUCCUUUCCUAUUUUCAGAAGGGUAGAUUCAAAAAGAGUUCUCAGGUCGGAAAACAGCUCUUUUCAAGUCAAAUUUCAACGUUUAGCUCAAAGUCUCUAUGCUUUACACUAUUUACAAGACGGGAAGCGGACUUCCUGUAUUCACCCCCCGCCGCGGUAGCCAAUUCAGUCCUUAUUUUUGUUCCAAUUGAAAGUCUUUUCCCUUUAAAGAUUUAGUCCAAUUCGUAGUCUUUUAAGACCAAUUCCACCUACUCACGGUUAGUCUUUUAAUCCGAAUGUUCCAGGAAGAAAUCAGCGCUCUCUAGCAACGGCAACACGGCUUCGCUCCGCGAAAGCAGCAGUCAACUCACAGCACCGCGCCUCUCCCCCGUUCCGCUCCGAAGCCUCAAAAACAAGGCUUCCUCGCGAGUUGGGGGGGGCGCUGAAGGGUGCCCGCCGAGUCUCCACGUUCGCAGGCUUCAGCGCCUGCGAUUUCUGGGGGUCCCCGCUUCGCCGCAGCGCUCAGGACCCGAUUUUCGCGGAGCCGAUUCCCUCCGACCGAAGGGAAUCCUCCGUCUGCUAAUGGCGCUGACCGGAAGUCCCUCGACAAGCGUAUUCUUCAUGGGAGAAAGAUCUGGAGAUAGCAGCAGGGCAUUUUUGUGAGUGGGAAGGGGGAAUAGGGUGUUGAGAUAAUGUGGGAAUUCUUCUUGACCCCUGCUGUUUAUGAGAUGAGGGAGAUAACAUUUGUUUUGCGUUUGGAUCCUCUUUAUUGAAGAAUAUGAUUAUCUAGUUUGGGAUUGUUGGUUAUUUUCUUAUAUUUGUGAUUCCUCACCCCCCCAAAAAAUUGUUUGCUUUUGUAGUAAAUAGUUUUUGUGCUUCUGUAAUGGAAAAAGGUAUGAAUAUAAUACUAGCAUUAGUUUAAAAGUUGCUUGUUGCAUAAAAAUUCUCAGAGUAACUUAAAAGCUUUAAGUACUAAAGAGUAAGACCUGUUGUUGUUGUUGUUUAGUCGUUUAGUCGUGUCCGACUCUUCGUGACCCCAUGGACCAGAGCACGCCAGGCACUUCUGUCUUCCACUGCCUCCCGCAGUUUGGUCAAACUCAUGCUGGUAGCUUCGAGAACACUGUCCAACCAUCUCAUCCUCUCUUGUCCGCUUCUCCUUGUGCCCUCCAUUUUUCCCAACAUCAGGGUCUUUUCCAGGGAGUCUUCUCUUCUCAUGAGGUGGCCAAAGUAUUGGAGCCUCAGCUUCAGGAUCUGUCCUUCCAGUGAGCACUCAGGGCUGAUUUCCUUCAGAAUGGAGAGGUUUGAUCUUCUUGCAGUCCAUGGGACUCUCAAGAGUCUCCUCCAGCACCAUAAUUCAAAAGCAUCAAUUAUUUGGCGAUCAGCCUUCUUUAUGGUCCAGCUCUCACUUCCAUACAUCACUACUGGGAAAACCAUAGCUUUUACUAUACGGACCUUUCUUGGCAAGGUGAUGUCUCUACUUUUUAAGAUGCUUUUCUCCCAAGAAGCAGGCGUCUUUUAAUUUUGUGGCUGCUGUCACCAUCUGCAGUAAUCAUGGAGCCCAAGAAAAUAAAAUCUCUCACUGCCUCCAUUUUCCCCCCUUCUAUAUGCCAGGAGGUGAUGGGCCCAGUGGCCAUGAUCUUCGUUUUUUUGAUCUUGAGCUUCAGACCAUAUUUUGCGCUCUCUUCUUUCACCCUCAACAAAAGGUUCUUUAAUUCCUCCUCACUUUCUGCCAUCAAGGUUGUGUCAUCUGCAGGAACCGGCAAGCCACUCCAGUAUCCCUGCCAAGAAAACUCCAUGGAUGAAGACAACAGGCAUAUAAAAGAUCUGUUAUUUCCCUCUUAAACUCUCUCAUAUCUCUUGAUAUGGGGGGGGGGGCUGCCCCUCACUGUGCUACAGGGCUGGGCAAAGGGUGGUGGAGACCACUGGUUCCUUCAGAUUCCUCCUCACUUUGGGGACUCAAGUGUGACUCAUUUUGUGGCUAUUUGUCUUUCCACCACUGAGCAGAACUUCCUGUCUUGUUUAGCCAGAUGCCCCAACCAGAGGCAGCCUUGCUCUGAGCUCUUGUGGUUUAAGUGGGGGAAACCCCUGACCUGGGAGGGGAGGGUCUUAGAAGUGGGUCCCAUGACUUCCGGGUCAGCGCCAUUGGUGAAUGGCGGAGUUCCUCCGACUGGAGGAACGGGCUCCAUGAAAACUGGGUCUUCCCGCCACGGCAAAGGUGGGGACCCGCUAGAAAUCCCAGGUGGAGGAAGCCUGGGAACGUGGGGAUCGGCAGGGCACCAGAAGCGCCCCCCUACUCGCGGGGAAUCCCAUCUAGGGGCUCCGGAGCGAAGUGGUGUGAGAAGCGCGGUGCUACGAACUGACUGCUACUUUCACGGAGUGAAGCCGCACAGCCAUUGCCAGAGAGCGCUGACUUUUUCCUGUGGACAAUUGGACUUAAAACAAGUACCCGUGAGUAGAUACGGAAAAUUGGAUCAAGAAAUUGUUUUAAUUUGAUAUCGAAGCGGGAAGGUGCAAACAGGAAGUCCGCCUUCCGCUUUUUUGUAUAUAGACUAAAGCAAAAAUUUUGCAAGCUAAAGCCGGGAAGCUGUCAAAAAAGGACUAAAUUUCCUUCAUUUAGAACCACCGAACCCCCCCUUGGAAGCAGGAGAAAGGGGGGGGGGACUCUGUUUAACCCUAGCAGGAGAGGGAGUGAAGAAGGAUAAGUUUCCACCGUCUCUAACCUGGGAACGGGGUGUCAGAGACAGAAACUGUUGGAGAGGUUCAUUGACUGUGAACGUAACACUUUGACAGGUAGCCAAUGAAGAGAAACAAGUUGAUUCUAAUGUUGCCUUUUGCAUCCUAAAGAAACAAAAUAUCUGAAAAACGUCUGAAAUAUCUGAAAAAUGAAAGUAACUUUCCUUUGUCUUUAAAAAAAAAAUAGAUACAAGUAGAUUGUCUCCUCUAGAGGGAGCUUGCUAAAUUGUUGUUGCAGCAUAUUUGAGACCCAACAUCUGUGAGAUUAAGACUGUGGGAACAGUCUUUUCUGACCUUGAACAAAGAUGAGCUGGGAGAAAGACUGGCUGCUUGCUCUAUGCAAGACAAAUGCUUUGCUGGAACAGAUGCAUGAAAAGAUGGACUUGAUGAAUGAGAAAAUGGAUUUGACUGUUGUGGUUAAUAACAUUGAUACAGAAAUCAUCCAAGAACCAACCUAUCAAUCUGUACCGACUGGGCAAGUGCAGUUGACAAUGGAGGAGGAUGUGGCUGCACCUCAAAUAGUACAAAUGGAGAGACCCGAGGCCCUACAGGAGCAUAAGCCGCUGCUAUUGAAGAUUGAAGUUGGAGUGGGCCAAGGGGAGUCUGCAGAUGAGGAGGUUCCUAGCUUUGGAGAGAUCUUGAAAUUUGAUUUUAAAUUUAUUUUGGAUUAUAUCGAGGACUGUGGGGAGUGGGACUGUGGGGAAUGGGUGAGCUGGAUGAAGGGUGAUGGAGACAAUUUUGGGUUGGAAUCCCCCAGACACCUACUCCUCAAUGGGAAAGGAAAGAAACUAAGACAGAGACCAACAAGAGACAAGGAAAAGGGCAAGCACAAACAAGAUGAAGUAGAGUUGCAGAAGGGACAUGGAAGAGAUUUAAGGGCCUCGGACAUAAGGCUUCCAGGUUGAUGGACUAGACGGAAUGGACAAUAAGGACUGACAUGACCCGAGACCAGGAAGAAGAGACGCUGGAUGAUGAUUGGAAGAGAAUCUAUAAUGGAAACUUUUUUAUUUUAGAAUCAGCUAAUGAAUAUUAGGGAAAAUGUGGGAAUGAAACUAUACGACUCUAGCAGAAAUUAUAUCAGGAGCUAUGUACCGUAUUUUUCGUUCUAUAGGACGCACAUUUCCCCCUCCAAAAAUUAAGGGGAAAUGUGUGUGCGUCCUAUAGAGCGAAUGCAGGCUGCGCCUCUAAGCCCAAAGCCAGAACAGGAAGACGGAGCACUGCGGAGCGCUCCGUCUCGCUGCUCUAGCUUGGGGACGGCUGCGCGCAAACCUCUGCAGGGCAGCGGGGUGCCUUCACCCCGCUGUCCUGCAGAAGCUAGCAAGGCUGUUCCUAAGCCAGAACAGCGAGACGGAGGGCUCCGUCUCGCUGCUCUAGCUUGGGGACGGCUGCGCGCAAACCUCUCCAGGGCAGCGGGGUCCCUUCACUCCGCUGUCCUGCAGAAGCUAGCAACUCUGUUCCCAAGCCAGAACAGCGAGACGGAGCGCUCCGUCUCGCUGCUCUAGCUUGGGACUGCUGCGCGCAAACCUCUCCAGGGCAGCGGGGUGCCUUCACCCCGCUGUCCUGCAGAAGCUAGCAGGCUGUUCCUAAGCCAGAACAGCGAGGCGGAGGGCUCCGCCUCGCUGCUCUAGCUUGGGGACGGCUGCGCGCACAGCCUCUCCAGGGCAGCGGGGUGCCUUCACCCCGCUGUCCUGCAGAAGCUAGCAAGGCUGUUCCCAAGCCAGAACAGCGAGACGGAGCGCUCCGUCUCGCUGCUCUAGCUUGGGGACGGCUGCGCGCAAACCUCUCCAGGGCAGUGGGGUGCCUUCACCCCGCUGUCCUGCAGAAGCUAGCAAGGCUGUUCCCAAGCCAGAACAGCGAGACGGAGGGCUCUGUCUCGCUGCUCUAGCUUGGGAACGGCUGCGCGCAAACCUCUCCAGGGCAGCGGGGCGCUGAGCUCCAAAGGCUUCAGGGAUCUUUGAGGCUGGCGGUGGGGGGAAGCAGCGCUUCCCCCUACCGCCAGCCCCACAAGCUCUGGUGAAUGUACCUUGAACUGCACCUUGUUUUAGAGGGGGAGAACAAGAAAAAAAUUUUUUCCCCUGUUCUCCCCCUCCUAUGAUCCGGUGCGUCCAAUGGAGCGAAAAAUACGGUAUAUUUGAAAUUUAAGAUUUAAGUUUUAAGGCACUUAGGGGUAAGAUAAGGUUAAAUAAAUUAAGGUAAUCUGAAUAAUAGAAUAUGGGGAAAGAUGGUAAGGAUUUGUUGAGUUAAUUAUUAGGUUAAAUUGUUAAGAUAAAUUUUAUAACAAAAAUUGAGAAAGAUGGAAAGAAUUUGCUGAAAUAAUUAUUAAACUAGAAUACAAAAACGGAGGUGUGAGGAGGUCAAUGAAACAAGCAAAUGGACAUUAUGGAUAUGCAAUUUGGGAUUGGUUUUUUUUUCUUUUUUUUCCUUUUUUUCUUUUUUUUCCUUUUUUUCUUUUUUUAUUGCUGUAUUGUCAUAUUGGUUUUCACAUUUUGUGCUUUUCUCUUUUUUAUUGUCUUCUUUUUCUUUUUUUGUAUUGUAGUGUUGUUGUUUUUUUUUUGUUUUUCCUGUAAUUUUGAAAUUAUCAAUAAAUAUUAUUUAAAAAGAAAAGAAAAGAAGUGGGUCCCAUUUGAUCUUGCCUGAAAGGAAGCUGACCUGGAGGGAGGUAACAGAGUCGACACCAUCAUGGCAGGGGCAGAGGUACCUGCCCUGGCACCUGGAGCAGUGCGGGGGUGGGGCUAGCCAGGGGUGGAUGGGCACUGAGGCCCUUCUUCGUGUGCUGUGCCGCCUCAGGAGGGUGACAACAUGAGAACAGGGUCUUCUCUGCAGUGGCUCUGCAGUCUGGGGGAUGCUCUCCCCAGGGAAGUUCACCUGGCGCCUUCAUUAUGCACCUUUAGGUGCCAGGCAAAAACGUUCCUUUUUAACCAGGCCUUGGGUUGAUUGGAUUGACACCCUAUUCCCUUUAAAAAUGUGGGUUUUUGGGGGGGGGUGUUAUUGAGUUGUUUUUCUUUUGAUUGACUAUUUUGCGGUUUUAGAUUUUGAUUUCGUUCUGUGAACCGCCCUGAGAUCUUUGGGUAUAGGAUGAAAUAAUAAUAAUAAUAAUAAUAAUAAUACGUCCCAUUUUGCUACCUGAAACAAAACAGGAAUUGCUCUUCCUCCCUUAGCACUGUGCCCCCCCCACCUUCCGCCAUGGAAAUGCCCCAUCUCCCACUGAACUUGGCUUUUCUCUGUCCAGGGGUGUGUGUGUGUGUGUGUGUGUGUGUGUGUGUGUGUGUGUUUGUUUUCUCCUCCUAAGCAGGCCUGCUCUGGAUAUGAUGCUGAAGCCUCUGCUCAGCUCCCUGCCUCCCCUCCAUCCUCUCCCCAAGUCUUUCUUGGUUGUUCCUGUGGAGACUCAUUAGGCCCCCUGGUGGCCAGAGCUGGUACAGCCUGUGGGAAAGUGAGCUCUUUUGGGGAUAAGGUUCUUCCUUUGCCACGCUCUGCCCCCUUCCUGUGUUCGAUCUCGUGAAGGGGCAAGUGUGGGGAAAGGGGAUGUGGGGCCACAUGUUGAGACCUGACCCCAAAGUUGCAUUUGCCCUCCUGCCCCUGCUAUCCCUGUGGGGCCUUCUUUCUCAAGUGGGAACAACGUUGAACUAUUGCAACAUUGAACCAUUUAAGCACCAGUUAUAAAAGGGGAUCCAGGAAGGAUCCUGGGAAUCACGGCCAGUUAACUUGACACCUGUCCCUGGAAAACUGGUGGAAACUCCCAACUUGAAUGCAUUUAACUUGAAUGAUUUCAGCUUAUGCUGUUGACAGCUGGCCUGUUGGAAUCACACAAAUUAUAGUAGGCAGAGAGCUCUUUUUGUGCAAGGUUUUCACGAGAUCUUGUGGGACUGUCCUGAGUUCUCAUAAGAUCUUGCCAUAGCCUCCCGGAGCCCAGAAAGCAAGACCCAGGCCAGACCUGUUCAGCGCAUGGCGCCAGAGGGUCAGGUGGUGGACGACUCCAAGGGAGUGGCUGAACUAUGCAUGUUUCUGCAUAUAUUAGCCACUCCCGAAAAAGAAGAACAGCCUGCUUCAGGCCAGGGUCCAGCCUGGUCCAGCACCCAUUUCUCACAGUGGCCUCCCAGAUGAAUGGGAUGCUGAACUAAUUGGGCCAUUGGUCAGAUCCUGCAAGCUCUUCUUUGUGCACAUUACAGUAAGUCUGUGAGAUAAUAUUUUUUCAUAUUUAAUACUACACUUCUCUUCCUCCAUAUAAUUCAAGGCAGCACAUGAGAGGGAGGGACAUAGGGCAGAGGGUCAGCCCACAAAAGGUCCCUGGUUCAAUCCCUGAGAAAGAGUCCCCUACCUGAGUCCCUGGGGAGCCACUCACAGUCAGUGUAGACAACUCUCAGCUUCCUGUUCUCCCAUCUAUGGAUUUUGCUUCGUCUGGUCUCCAUCCACUUCCCAGUCCUGAGCCUGCUUAGCUUCCGUUCGGUGCCUGCAUCCUGAGCCUUCAGACCAUGUUGUGGGAGCUCUCAUCAGCUUGGCGCUUGCAAGUGGGGGGCAAUUCCUGCCCCCUUGGCAAAAAGGGAGGGGCUGGCCUCUCUCUCCCCACACGGAGCCUCAGCAGAGACAUGCAGAGAUUUAGUGCUGCCUGGCAGAGCUUUUUCUCGCCCUCUGCUCCAUGGGUUAUUGUUGUUGUUACUUGUAUUUAUAUCCUCUCCCCUUUUCAACUCUCUGAUUCUUAGGCUGACUCUGCUCUGCCUCCUCUAUGUUUAAGGGCAGGUCUACAAACUCCCCCAAACCUGCUGAACUUUUGAUCUCCUGAUUUAGGGCUGCUUCCUGUAAUACAGCAGGAUUAGGCUGCUGCCUUCAUCUGCAGGACCCCUAACUCUCUGCCCCCUUUUCUCUUCCUUUCCAGGCUCCACUUCUCACUCCCUGCGCUACUUCCACACAGCCAUGUCUGAGCCUGGCCAGGGGCUGCCCCAGUUCAUUGCUGUGGGGUACGUGGAUGACCAGCAAUAUGUUCAGUAUGACAGUGACACCAAGGAGGCACUGCCUCGCGUCCCCUGGAUAAGGAAAGUGGAAAAGGAGGAUCCUCAGUACUGGAACUGGAACACUCAGAUCGCUCAGGGCGCUGAGCUGGUGUUCAGGGAGAACCUGGAAAUUGCAAUGAAUCGCUACAACCAGAGCGGAGGUGAGUGGAAGGCAGGAGAGACACAGAGUCACACCUCUCCCCCCCCCCCAUAACGUUUCCUCCAAGGGCCAGAAUUGCAGGGAGGGGGCUGCUGGGAGGAAAGGAAAUGGAGGGUGGGGGUCUCCACCAGGGCAGAGGCAUCUCCCCUUCCCUUAAUGAAGGUCUUAAUGGGGGCAGGGAUGGGGUGGGGUGGGGGGGACAGAGAAUGAGACUUGGAGAGCACAGACCCCCCCCCCCCAGUAUGACCCUCUCUGGACCUGCACAUCCUACCAGGGAAAUGUCUCCAUUGCCUGCCCUUCCUUCCAUGCUAGGCUUGGCUUAGGCCUUUUGAGGUGGAAAUCUCUCUGGGAGGGGAAGAGAAGGGUGGGGAUCCUGAGGCUGAGACAAGCAAGCCUUGAGUUCUGGUUCUGCUUAAGGAGAAUUCAGCUGCCCAGACAGAGGUGCUGAUUGGCUGACCCUUCUGACCAUCACCAAGCCCCUCCCACUCCCUAGCACAGUGUGGAAUGAGAAGCCUUUUUAAGGAACACAAAUGGAGUGGGUUUUGGGGGUCAGAGUGGCAAAUACAUGGUUAAAACCAUAAACAGGGUGGGCAACUGAAGUGGAGGGGUAGAAAGGUGGGUGAGAUUGACCGGUGGGCUAUGCUAUGAUGUCAGCUUCAGCCUCCUGCCCCUUUUGGCCCAUGGGGACAACCCUGAUCAGGAUCUGGCCCUGAAGCCAAAGAGAUUCCCCACCUGGGACACAGAAUAAUGGAGGUGGAAGGAGCCUUGCCAAAGGGGUCAGCCUGAGUGUGUCCAGAGCCCUCUGGGGCCUUCGUUGGCCUUGUCAGGCUUGCAAGGAAGAAACCCAGGGGGUCAGCUGAGACCAAGCCAGCGCUGCAAUGGGCAGGUCUGCUUUUCUUGCCGUGGGAUCAGGCCCGGCCUUGCCUUGCAGGCUUCCUCUUGGGCUCCUGGGAAUUCUGCUUCUCCCCCUUUUAAAAAUGGGGAUUGGGUCCCUCCUGAGCCCCUGCACCUAUCCAUGGAAAAUGCCCCAUAAAUGUCACCAAGGGCGCCUCUCGCUUCCUGAUCAUUUCUUGCAAUUGCUUAGCUCAGAAAAUCCCAAACUAAUGAGGUGGCCACUUUAAAGGUGCCACGGACAGCCCUGGAAAUGUUAUCUGAUUCUAUUUAAAAACAAUGUUGAAGGUAUAGGUGUAUCGGGAUUGAUCCCACUUAACAUCUUGAGGAAACGGGAGGGGAGUGAGCUUCAUUUAUAAAAUGAGGGAGAAAGUAAUUUAUGCUGAAGAAGCAGUGACACAAAGCAACUUCCCUCCAAGCAAAAGCUCCAUAUCCAGACCAGCUGGUGGGGUUUGUGGUUUGGUUUGUUGUUUGCAUAGGCCAACCACAAACCAUUGUAUGAGUACAUAAAAGUUACUACAGUGGUACCUCUGGAUGUGAACGGGAUCCAUUCUGGAGCCCCAUACGCAUCCAGAAGCGAAUGCAACCCACGUCCGCGUGUCUGCUUCUGGGUCGCCGUGGAGUGCAACCCAAAAAUAUUUAUCCUGAACCUACUUCUACCCAAGGUAUGACUGUAUAUCACUUUGGGACAUGGUCUUGUAAAAGAUUCUUCUUCUUUUUGAGAGCCUGUGUGGUAUAGUGGUUAAGAGCGGUAGUCUCGUAAUCUGGUGAACCGGGUUCGCGUCUCUGCUCCUCCACAUGCAGCUGCUGGGUGACCUUGGGCUAGUCACACUUCUCUGAAGUCUCUCAGCCUCACUCACCUCACAGAGUGUUUGUUGUGGGGGAGAAAGGGAAAGGAGAAUGUUAGCCGCUUUGAGACUCCUUCAGGUAGUGAUAAAGCAGGAUAUCAAAUCCAAACUCUUCUCCUCCUCCUCCUCCUCCUCCUCCUCUUUCAAUAUGUUGAGUAGUUCUAGAGGGAGGACUCGAAAGUAGCACUGUUACAAUCAUUCUAAUUGCCAGAGGGAGCAGUUUCCCUUCUCCUCCUCCUGCACACCUUUCUGGGGCUUCUCCCGACCCCCCCCCCCCAGCUGAUUUGUGGGGAAGGAGAUGGGGAGAAAGCCCCAGUUGUGCAAGUAAGACUUGGUUUUUAGACUAGCUGUGUUAGCUGAAUCCAGCCCAGGAAAGCAGGAUUUCUGUUGAGAGAGGCUUCUGUAAUGCAAGACAUUCUAUACUCAAACUCAAUUCAGCUGUAAGCCAAAGGCUCCUGAGAUGAAAGGGGAAGCCUAAAUCAGAAGUGAGAGCAACCUGGUAUCCUCUGGGACAGCCUCUCCUCCAUUGUUGAGCUCCCUCAGGCUACACAAAGAGCAGCAGAACUCUGUGCAUGGCCAGGAGCAACCAUUGCCAUUUCCCAUCCUGUCUUGGGGUGCCUGACGUAGCUUCUCUCCAUGGUUUUGUUGUGGGAAAUCAAAAUGGCUGUCUGCUGACCCUGCUGGCUGGCAUGGAGGAGACAGGACUGGGGUCCUCAGCACCUCUGGGCCCUGCCUGGGGUCUGGGGUCUCAGCGGGUGCCUGUGAUGCCACCUGCCAUGUGAAAACGCCAGAUCAAUCCUUCAGAUACUGGAAUUGAAGAGCAGAUUUAAAAGUCAUGAGCAUUAGCACAUAUAAGAACAUCCCACAGUUAUGUGGUCUGAAUGAGAGCAGAAUAAUCUAUAUUUCCAUUUAAACCAGUUGUGACUGAAGUAACAGAGGUCAAAAUUUAUCCUCGGCACCUCUUUCCACAGCAAUAAACGGGAUGUAUUGAAUCUUUGAGCUGCCUUCCAAUAAAGUCAGUUGAUUCGACUCCCAUUAAACUCCCAGAACCAUUAGAAAACCAAGGUGCGGCUUCCUGCACUCAAUCAGAAGCCGCGUCGGAAGUUUGGCUUCCAAAGAACAUUUGCAAACCAGAACACUUACCGUAUUUUUCGCCAUAUAGGACGCACUUUUUCCCCUCCAAAAAUGAAGGGGAAAUGUGUGUGCGUCCUAUGGGGCGAAUGCAGGCUUUCGCUGAAGCCUGGAGAGCGAGAGGCAUCGGUGCGCACCGAACCCUCUCGCUCUCCAGGCUUCAAGAAGCUAUCCGCAAGCCUUGCGAGCCCGGGGGAGUUCCCGCGGGCUCACAAGGCUUGCGGGCAGCAGCCCGGAGCACGGGGCGCCCUCCGGAGGACGCCCAGUGCUCCGGGAAAGUGCCCGCACGCCUCGCGCGCCCAGCGGGAGGUCCCGCCGGGCGCGCGAGGCUUGGGGCGGCAGCCUGUUCUGGGGCUGGUGUCUCCGCCCCCAGCCCCGCAAGCUCCCAGAGCGAUGCCAAAGCUGCACGCUGUAGGGAUCACAUGGGAUUACCAUGAGGAAUUAUAAAAUAUACAUCAAGCCAUCGUGUCCACGAUGAAAGCAUUGUGUUGACUGGGUUUGAUAUAUUGACGAUAAUUUCUGAUUAAAUCCCAUAAGAUUCUACAUUCAUGGCCUUUUCAUGCCCUUUUGACUCUACUGACUUUACUGAAGCUAAAUUAGAAGCAAUAGCUGGCUCUUCUAAAGCUAUCUCUUCUAACACAGUUGCUUUAAACACACUGUCUCCUGCGACAAAUCUGCACCAUGCCGCUAAGGGCAGUGCUGGUUUGAAUCUAAUGACAGCAGAACUUGCUACUUUUCAGUUUCAGUUCCAGUGCCCUAUGGUGGUUUAUAAAAUUAAGACAUAGCACACAAGUCUGAUUCCACCUCAGACAGUGAGACUCACUCUUCAUCACCUGUUGCAGACUGUUUUUUCUCCUUUCCUCCCUGAACUUAAAAUUCCUAAUGAAUUUACUUACAGCAGUUGCAGAGUUUUGGCGUCACUUCAUACAAGUGAUUUUCCUUAAUACAAUGUUUUCACUUACAGGACUACUUUUUUCCCCAGACACUGCUGACAGAAUAGUGAUUUUAGAGUGGCUUCACUCUGAUUUGCCUAACACUGGAUUUGAUAUUGCUGUUUGUUAUUUGCUUUUUUCUAAAACAGGAGCAUGAGUCCUUAAUGAGUUCUUUUCUUUCCUAUCUGUUUGCAUUUACUGACUAACUUAGGAUAGUUUAUUGUAACCCUCCUAAAGAGUCACACCUAGUUUUAAUUCAACAGGUACCCUAGAAAUUGGUUUCUGUCCAAAAACAAGUUCCUAUUCAACACUCCAGAAUGUUUUAAUGUAUAAGGAUUCUGAAAAUAACUGGCAAAUUUUUUUGUAGCUAAUCAGAAAACUGACAGAGAUCAGCUACACUUCCACUGCAUUUGGUGAUUUUUGUGUGAAGUGGGGUUUUUUCUUUUUAUCACAUUUGGCUAAUUUCUAUCUUUCUCCUAUGCUAGAUUUACUCUCUUUGUUCUUGACACUGAAAUAUCUCUCUUAACGCCUAGAACUAUGCCUUUCUAUGCUGCUCACAUUUUGCUCCCAUACAGGAUUCAAAGAUGUAAUUUCAGAAGGAAAUCAGCAUGCUAAUUCUGCUCUGAAAUCUUUCUGUCCAUUAUUUUCUAAUGCAAAUGAUAGCCAUGCAUUUUUUCAUCAGGGAACUAAGCAGCUGAUUUUAAACUAUUUUUUCAUUCCUCUGACACAAGCUAAGGAUAUUGUUGAUGGAUGUCCUUCCUGCGCUUUAACUCCUGUUCUCUUUACCUUAAAUCAAUUAACUGUUUCCUUUCUUAAUAAAUUUUCUCCUAUAGAAUAUCAUUGUAGGAAAGAGGUAUCUCUGGAAUGGCCUCUGAAACACCAUCUAGUGACGUACCAGCAGCUCCCCAACCCGCAGUGAGAGGGACCUGUUCCUUUGAUUACCUGUUCCUUUAAUUACCUAGGGGCAGGAUGCCCUACUGUUCUUACUUCCUCAGGUCCUGUGUGGAUUCCAGGUCGCUGUAUCCAUCCCUAUAGGCCAAGACAUGCGCUGACACCAAGUCCUGCAGAAUCCCAUUCCAGACUUUGCAAGGACCAUGAUCCUGACUUCGCCUCUACAGGCUCAGCAGCCCCGUGCGAAUGUCCAUCGUGUCCAUCCUCAUCCUUGAAAGGCUGAAGAAUGCCCGAAGGUGACAUGGGGAAUGCUGAAGACCUUGGACUCUGAUGCCAGGACACGAUUUUAGCAUCAUGAUGUUCCAGAAGCACCAGAGACUUUUUAGUAGCUUUAAUUACUCAGCUACACAUGAACUCUAUGCUGAUUUUUACAUGUAUAUUAUUUGUUUUCUUGAUACCUAGUACUCAAUGUAUCUAUCUUCCUCCUGACACGUCUUCUAGUCAUAGCUAUAAUAUGUGAAUGUGUUUAGCUGAAAUUACUAAUGUCUCUUAUUUUUGUUUGAGUGAAACAUAUGAUAUGCACACUACCUUGGGAAAUUGUAUGAUUCCAGCUUGUACACAGCUUUUCACAUGGCACAUGCCACACAGGCACAUGCCACACACAUGGGAAAGUGGUUUUCUAAAUGGAUUCCUGAAGGUAUCAUUGGUUAUACCAAUCUCCAUGAUUGGGGAACUGUGACGCAAAAGUUACCCCUCAAUACAAUAUAAUUAUACACACCUAAACCUGCAGCACCAUCAACACCUCUUGUGCUCAGAUUGUGAAUUGCAGUAAGAAAGCAACUCGCUGUCUGGACACAGGAAGGCCAAUUGUUCACGUGUUCAACAGAUUACUUUUAAUUAGGCUCAUGUAUGGUUUGCUAAUCAUUGUUGCCUUAAUUGGAACUUGUUGUUUUUUACAAUGGAUCCCUUCCUUGUUCUCUCUCUGCACUACAUUUUUUCCACGCCCUCCUUCAGGAAUAUGUGAUACAGACACACAUGCAGGCAGAUGAUGAGGACGCAAUGCCUCUCCUCUCUUAAGCCUUCCUGUACACAAAUAAUAAAUAAAUGAAAAAGGGUGAGAUGUAGGGAUCACAUGGGAUUACCAUGAGGAAUUAUAAAAUAUACAUCAAGCCAUCGUGUCCACGAUGAAAGCAUUGUGUUGACUGGGUUUGAUAUAUUGACGAUAAUUUCUGAUUAAAUCCCAUAAGAUUCUACAUUCAUGGCCUUUUCAUGCCCUUUUGACUCUACUGCCCAUUCCUCUCUUCCCCACAUGUCACGUACACAGCAGUACACAGCAGUUGCUUCGCCAGGCAGGCAUCCUGUGCCAUAAAAAGAUAGUGGGCAAGUUCUUUGAUGUAGUUUCUUAAUCUUGGAGCCAGGAAACAGAUCUCACAUGAAGGUGAUAGUGGUCUGGUCUUUCUGGCCAUCCUUCUUAUCAUGUUUAUUUCUCACCUCUGGGGUUGCCAGAUGCACCCCUUUGUAGUUCUCAAGUUAUUUACUACCCCUUUGUAGUUCUCAACAUAUUUACCCCAAAAUAUAUGCAUGCUAAUUAGUGUUGUAGUGUAACUUUUUCCCCACGUGGGGUUUGAUGAAAUGCUCAGAGGAAAUAUGAUUGGUUCUUACUGUGUAAAAGAUUCUUUUGCUAAUAAAAUGGCCUGGCGAGGGGUGUGGCUGACGCACUUUCUCUGAGAGUCUUGCUGGUCAAAGCCUCGUGUCUUGUUUUUUAAUCAGGGUCCAGUCCUUCCUUUACUUUGCAAACGCAACACACGCAGCUUCAGCAUGGCUCUGGGUCCCGUUCUGGGGGCUUGGGGAGGGGGAAGCUCGGGUUUGCGGAGAGCUUCCUGUUCUGGGAGCUGGGGUCGGGGGAAGCUUGGGCUUCCCCCGCCCCAGCCCCGCACCUGGGGGGGGGAUAAAUUUUUUUCCCUCCCCCCCCCCAAAAUCUAGGUGCGUCCUAUGGGCCGGUGCAUCAUAUAGGGCGAAAAAUACGGUACUUCUGGCUUUGCGGUGUUCGGGAGCCAAGCCUUUUGACAUCCAAGGAACCACUGUAUAAGGCUCAUGUGUUGAUUGAUGAAGGGUUUAUUAGGUGGACAUGGACUGGCUAAUGAAAACCAGCUCUUCUUUUAUUAUCGAUUGACUGAAGGUUUUAUUAAAGUAUUUAUAAUAUGUACUUUCCAUAAAAGUGUAUCAAGAUAGUACACAACCUAGAAAGUUAUAAUAAAAUCAGGAAAAAUCCAUAAAAUGUACAUAAAACGUCAGCAAACACUGUUUAUUUAUUUUAUAAAUAAAUAAAUGGCAGACUGGAGGAGGGCAAAUGUUGUCCCUAUUUUCAAAAAGGGGAAAAGAAAGGACCCAAAUAAUUACCGCCCAGUCAGUCUGACAUCAAUACCAGGGAAGAUUCUGGAGCAGAUCAUUAAGCAAACAGUCUGUGAGCACCUAGAAAGGAAUGCUGUGAUCACCAAUAGUCAGCAUGGAUUUCUGAAAAAUAAGUCAUGUCAGACUAACCGGAUCUCGUUUUUGACAGAAUUACAAGCCUGGUAGAUGAAGGGAACGCAGUGGAUGUAGCCUACCUUGAUUUCAGCAAGGCAUUUGACAAGGUGCCCCAUGAUAUUCUUGUAAAGAAGCUGGUAAAAUGCGGUCUUGACUAUGCUACCACUCAGUGGAUUUGUAACUGGCUGACUGACCGAACCCAAAGGGUGCUCAUCAAUGGUUCCUCUUCAUCCUGGAGAAGAGUGACUAGUGGGGUGCCACAGGGUUCUGUCUUGGGCCCGGUCUUAUUCAACAUCUUUAUCAACGACUUGGAUGAUGGACUCAAGGGCAUCCUGAUCAAAUUUGCAGAUGACACCAAACUGGGAGGGGUGGCUAACACCCCAGAGGACAGGAUCACACUUCAAAACGACCUUGACAGAUUAGAGAACUGGGCCAAAACAAACAAGAUGAAUUUUAACAGGGAGAAAUGUAAAGUAUUGCACUUGGGCAAAAAAAUGAGAGGCACAAAUACAAGAUGGGGACACCUGGCUUGAGAGUAGUACAUGUGAAAAGGAUCUAGGAGUCUUGGUUGACCACAAACUUGACAUGAGCCAACUGUGUGACGCGGCAGCUAAAAAGCCAAUGCAAUUCUGGGCUGCAUCAAUAGGAGUAUAGCAUCUAGAUCAAGGGAAGUAAUAGUGCCACUGUAUUCUGCUCUGGUCAGACCUCACCUGGAGUACUGUGUCCAGUUCUGGGCACCACAGUUCAAGAAGGACACUGACAAACUGGAACGUGUCCAGAGGAGGGCAACCAAAAUGGUGAAAGGCCUGGAAACGAUGCCUUAUGAGGAACGGCUAAGGGAGCUGGGCAUGUUUAGCCUGGAGAAGAGGAGGUUAAGGGGUGAUAUGAUAGCCAUGUUCAAAUAUAUAAAAGGAUGUCACAUAGAGGAGGGAGAAAGGUUGUUUUCUGCUGCUCCAGAGAAGCGGACACGGAGCAAUGGAUCCAAACUACAAGAAAGAAGAUUCCACCUAAACAUUAGGAAGAACUUCCUGACAGUAAGAGCUGUUUGACAGUGGAAUUUGCUGCCAAGGAGUGUGGUGGAGUCUCCUUCUUUGGAGGUCUUUAAGCAGAGGCUUGACAACCAUAUGUCAGGAGUGCUCUGAUGGUGUUUCCUGCUUGGCAGGGGGUUGGACUCGAUGGCCCUUGGGGUCUCUUCCAACUCUAUGAUUCUAUGAUUCUAAUGUUGUUGUUGUUUUGAAGAUUUGGUGGUAGCCCCCUUGGGUGGACAGGAGGAUGCAGGGACCUGCCAUCUUUGACAAGGGCAGCCUGGCUUCUGCUGAGAAGGGGGGCCAUUUAGAAGUGGAAACUUCUUUUUCCAAAGGCCCUUCCAUGACUUCCCUCCUUUUAGGGAAAAGGUCCUUGAUAUGGAGAAGUUGGGGGGAGAGAGAUGGCGGGGAAGAGGAGACCUCUCUAGAAAGGGCCCCCAAUGUGUGGGAGGGGCUGCUCUGACCUCCUGGGCCUCUUUUGGUCCUUCCAGGGAUCCACACCUAUCAGCACAUGUACGGCUGUGAGCUGAGUUCAGACGGGCGCAAAGGAGGGUAUUACCAGUACGGCUACGACGGGAGAGACUUCAUUGCCUUCGACAAGGAGACCCUCACCUGGACAGCAGCCCAGACGGAGGCCCAAGUGAGCAAGAGGAAGUGGGAUCCUGACUUGGCCGGGAACCAGGGCAGGAAGCACUACCUGGAGGAGGUGUGCAUUGAGUGGCUGCAGAGAUACCUGGAGUAUGGGAAGGAGACUCUGCAAAGGACAGGUGAGGGGGGACAGUGGGGUGGGGAGGGGGGCUCAGUGGGGCAGUUUCCCUACAUGCUCACCCCCCAUUAACCGUCUUCCUUUCUGGACCAAACAGCAAACACUUUUCUUGGUGGGGGAGGCAAAAAUAAGUUUGGGCCUCUGGGAGGAGAAAGGGGGUCAUUUUAGAGUAUGAUAGGGGAAGGAGAUGCUUAAAAACAGCCCCCCAUGCCCCUUUGGCUAAAGUAAGAGAUGUCAAAAUGCAAAUGGGGGGAGGGGACACAGAAACAGCAGGGAAGGGGCCAAGAAAGCAAAAUGCAUUUUAAAUUCAGUAAAAAAUAAAAUUGAAAUUGACAGAUUUGAGGCCGGAUACAGAAAAACCUUUUGCCUUUACACUUAGGUAUGUAUCUGUGGGGAAAGUCUUUAAAACUAAAUUAAUUAGCCUUUUUUAAAAUUAGAAAAUGUGUGGGGAGCCCAUGAAAUAUGGAUGCAGCCCCCUCACUAAGUCUGAAGGUUAGCCACUCGUGGCCUAGAAGCAGAAAACCUGCACAUAGUGAGAGAGUAUGGGAAUUCCCUCUUCUACCUUCUCAAAUUUUUUAUUUGUGAGCAAUUUUACUUUUUCCCAUGGGGAACAUUCAUCUAUAGGGCCUGGUGAUAAUUCACCCCAAAGACACUGAGCAUAUUUCUUGAGGUUUAGGAUUUCACCUUAAAAGCCACAAUGAAGCGUUUUCAAGGGUGACAAUGUACAAAGGAGGCUGGGAAUCAUCCUCUUUGGGACGGAGGUUCUGCUGAGGACAUGCGGGGGGUUGAUGGGGAGGGGAGGUCUUGUUUUGGGUUUCUGUGGCUUGACCUUCCUUCCUUCCUGCUCCCCCCAGCAGAGUCACAUCCCCUCCUAGACCUGAGUUUCCAGUCCAGGCACUGCAAAGUGGGUGGGAUCCUGGAACAGCCCCUUCAGACAACAGCUACCCAGGGAGCCAGUUUUUGAACAAGGGUUACAUUCUGUGAAUCGUGCCUAAAGCCAAAAUGGUGUAUAGUCAAAACACAUUGGAUUCAAGGGCGAUUGGGUUGCCAAAGUCCAUCUUCCCCAGACACCCACCUCCUCUUUUUGCUUUUUAGAAUAUUUUUGGCAAAUGCAUAAAGCUGAAUGUGCACAAGUUAAAUGUGCGCAAGUUGCUGGCUUACUGGGCCUCCUGGUCUGCCCUUUCCACUCCAGGGGAGGCUGCCAUGGAGAAGGGAGAUGGGCCCUUUCCAACCUCCAGGGACCCUUUCAGGGCAGGCGGGAGAACUAGAAAGGAGCUCUGUCUUUCCCAGGGCUGUUGGCUUUGUUCACUAACUAUGGAGCUGAAAAGUCCUGGAGAACAGAGAGCAGUGAGUCCAGCAUUUCUUCCCCCUCAAGAGAGGAACCAGGAUCAGCCUGAGCUGCCCUCAGUUCAUGACUUGCAACUUGGAAGGAUCUGGAAGAAUCCCGCCAUUGGGGACCUGGUGAAAUUUGCCCCCUCAGCCUAGAGGCGGCUUCCUGGGACAGUCUUGGAACCACAAGUUGUGUUAAAGCUUUUUAAGAUGAUAAAGUUGUGCCUAGUCCUCCCUCCCAAAGGAGUCUGCUUUGGCAAGCAAAGGAUAAAACAUCUAAAAACAGUUCCAGCAUCAGACACUGACUGGGGAAGAUGCCAAGGCAGGUUGAGGAAUCCCAUUUAUACUUAGUUCUUUUUAAUUUCUGGAGAUGUGAGUUUCUGACUAGGUUGCCCCUUGGGUCCCUGCUCCUCUGCUCUUAAAAAAUACAGGAUUCCUUCUGUUGUGGAUGUCUCUCUGUUAACCCCAAUGAAUGAUUGCCCUUUUUGCAGAGGCUCCGGUGGUGAAGGUGACCAGGAAGGCAGACUAUGACGGCCUGGAGACCCUCGUUUGCCAGGUCCACGGCUUCUACCCCAAGGAGAUUGAGGCCAACUGGGUGAAGGACGGGGAGGUCUGGCAGGAGGGCACCCUCCGAGGAUUGGUCGCCCCCAACUCGGACAGGACCUACUAUGUGUUGCUCAGUGUCCAGAUCGACCCCGAGGAGAGGGAGCGCUUCCGGUGCCGCGUGGAGCAUGACAGCCUGGAGAAGCCUCUGGACGUGGCCUGGGAGAAGGAGCCUGGUGAGAGACAGAGAGACAGGCAGACAGGAGGGGAAGGGGUGGGCUCUGGGAGGGGGAUUUCCACCCAACUCCUCCCUUCAGCUGCAGCACAGCUCAGAUGGGGAACCCCAGUUGCAUCCUGUCUGUGUCUCUGGAGGGAAGCAGCUGAAUCAGAAUAUGUAGAUUUCGACAGAGAUGCAGCCUUUUCUGGCAAGUGUCUCAUAGGCCUUAAACCCAAAUUGGAUGUCAUAGGUAAAAACUGGCUGUCACCUUUUUGCCUUUAAGCCCAAGUAGUUGUGAUAUCACAGAAUGUGGGCAGAUGUGUUAUUUCUUCAAAAUCAAAUGCCCUCCUCCACAUGGCUGACUUACUCACACUCCCUGCGAGUGAAAAAGGGGCAGUGAACUUAAAAGAGGGAGUCCCAGACUGACCGUACUUCACAGAAAAGAUUCUCACUCACUCCUCCUCACACUCGCACCCAGCUAGAAAAACUGAUACUCAUACAGCCCAAACACACGCUCACCGCGGGGAAGAGCAAGCAGGAAUUUUAAUAACAAGGAUCGUCUCACACACACUGCCAGGAAAGCUGUGCCUGCAGGAACCAAAGCAGAACAUCUAAGAGCAAGACUCCUUUUCCCCAGCAGGAGCACAUGAACGCACAUCCCCACCCACACCCCAGACUCCCCUUCUCACAGGCAGGCAAGUGAGAAUUAUGGAAGCGGCCCUUGAGCCAAAGACUCACACAGGCAAGGCAGAGGAGACCAGGGCUCACUCACUAGCGCUACGGACUUCAGAGAUUCUCCACAAACAAAAAUACCUGGACAUUUUGCCUCAUUUUAAAAAUCUGUCUAGACAGACAUUUUAAGUCUGAAGAAGAGGCCGUGUCCAGGAAAAACCGGACGUAUGGCAACCCUACACAAGAUGCUUCUUCCUAAGGGUUUGUGUCUUCCCUGAAGGCCUGUAAUGCUGGGCUCUGGGGGGUCUCAGAGGGGAGGGAAUCCCUUCCUCUCAGGGUCAUGACAGAGAAGGCUGAAGCGCCUGAGCAGGAGGAGAGAUGCUGGAUUCUGGUGGAAAAUAAGCUCCCUUGUAUUGGGGCCACUACAGAGAGGACCUUGGCCUGUCAGGAGAGAGAGAGAGGGCCUGCUUUGUACACGUAAAAUCCUCCCGGGCUCAUAGCUCAGCACCUCCACUCAAAUCUCCUGCUUGAGGCCUUGGGGAGCUGCUGCCGCCAGUCUGAAUAAAAAUGUCUCUUGUCCCCUUUUAGUCAACCUGGGGCUCAUUGUGGGAGCUAUUUUGGGUGUCAUGGCGGCCAUCCUGCUGGUCUCUGGGAUCAUCUUCACCAUCAAGAAGCUCAGUAAGUAAACAGUGGAUGUGUUUGCUGCCUCUCCUGUGUCCUUCUGUCUCGGCCUCCGACUGGGAAUGUGCUGGUGGAGCUUCCUGGCAAUUGUCGCUGGCAUCCCUACAGAGACCCCUCCCCAUAAAACACCCUUUGAACAUGAAUCAAAAGUCCUCUUGGUCAUUGCUUUGCGCUCACUCUGUGCUCAGGAAGUUCACUUCACACCUGAUGUUUUAAUCAGUCCUAAGCCUUCAUUCCUGUACACACUUACCAGGGAGCCUUUAUUACAAAUCUUUAGGUGCCAGGCAAAAACAUUUCUUUCUAACCAGGCCUUUGGCCUUUUAAAUGUGUUUGUGGGAGCAGAGUUACUAGUUUGUUUUUGCUUUAUUGUGUAUUUUGUGCUCUCAUUUCGUAUUUUUAUGUUGUAACCUGCCCUGCCAUGUUCAUUAAAUGAAUAAAUAAAUAUUGAUCUGGGAGGACGCUGUAUUGAACUGAAUAGGACUUUCCUCUGAGCAGACCUGCCUAGAAUUGCACUGUUCAUUAUCUCUUCCUCCCCCCCCCUCUCUGGGCAAAUUUGAGGAUUAUGGGUCUGCUGGGAGUGAAAUAAUAAUCUGAAAAGGAAUAAGUGAAGGGACUGGAUAAUGUUUCCUUCCACCCUCUUGGAAUUUGUCCACUGCCUGGCUUUCAUGUUGAUUUUUAAAAUUUAAUUUCCUCAAUUUUUUCUACCUCUUUGUAACAUGAGUUCCUUGAAAUGCUCACCUUCUGGGCUCACCUUCCUUGGAGGUGUUUGGAAGAGACAAGAGGAGCAUCUGCUGGGAAGGUUUCAGCAUCUGAGAGCCAAAUGGUCGAAAUAGGAUUGUGUGGCCUCUGGAGGUCCCUUCCAGCUCUGACCUUCUGCUUUUGUCUUCACAGGGAAAUCAGCCUACGAAGCAGCCUCAAGUGAGUGACUCCUCCCUUCUCUCUGUCUGACAUAUUUCCCCCCAAUAUGGAGCAGGAACAGGUUACAAACAGACCAAACUAAACCUGGUGGUGGCCUGGUCCUUAAGCCCAAGACCCCGAUGGAAAGCUUAAGCCUGUCUGCUCAGCCUGUCUGUGGACAGCAAGGGGUCCCUCAGGGCCAGGAAAAGGCUGCAGAGAGACUGUCGGCUGAGGGAGGGGCUCCAAGAAGGAGCAGGAGGAAGAGCCGAGGGUGCGGGGAGAGAGGGAUCUCUGGGGGUUUAAUUUACUGGAACCUGAAGCUAAAGAAUUGGUUCGUCGGCUCAAGUCUGUGGGUGUCAGGAACCCUCCCCUCCGGAUUUGGCACCACUGCUCUCCCCCCAGCUUCUGCCUUUCUGCCCCCUUCCUGCCCAGAUCGCACCCACCCCCACUCUAAUCCCCCGCUGCCUCCAUGCCAGGCUGUGCCCAUCUCUCUUUGCCCUCUGGCACCUGCUUCUCCCUCUAAUGCCGUCCUUGAGCCCCCUUGCCUCUGGGCUGCCUGUCCCUGAACUCUUCUUAGACAUCUCACCGUGUUGAGACUGAUUUGGGAUGGGGUUGGAAGGAGGGAGGAGAAGGGCUGGGGGGAUGGAAUACCCCUCCCCAGGAUCCUGACUCCUGUGUUUCCUCCCUUUUGCAGCAAGUGACCAGGGGCCUGCCAGCUCCACCAGGGGUAAGUGGGGGUGCAGGUGGGGGCAGAGGGGGACUCUUGCAGAAGACUCUGUGGGGAACAUCCCCAAAUGGGGAAAAGCUGUUACCCCCGCCCCCCCCCCCCCCGGGGUUUCCAAGAGUGACAUAAUCUGGAGUGUCCAUUGAGCUCCAAAAAGCUCUUGUGACUCAUUCUGUCUCUUAAUCUGAGUUCCACAGAGGAUCCCCUCCAACUGACAAAUGGGUUCUACGCAGGAUCUGAAUGAGAGAUCUUGGAAGGGGUUCUGGAAGGGAUUUUUCCUUCCAGUAGGACUGCUUUGUGUCCUGGUAUUCCCCCAAAGUGUGCAGCUUGGCUCACUUGCUUGAGCUGCCCUCUGCAGGCAUUUGCUCUUCAGGCCCAUUUUGGUGGUGCUCCCAGCAUCUCUUAGGUCUGAUCUGACAUGAUGAGGGAUGGUGGCUUUCCUUGGGAGGCUGGACUAGAUGGCCUUUGGGUUCCCACUAGCUCUGUAAUGCUGAUGUCCCCACACCAUGAUGCUGGCUUUUGAAACACUCCUGUUCUUUAUUUCUGCAGUUUCAUACCAGCCCGGUGUGUGA